AUGGUGUACAAACGUAUGGUUGAUAUUGGUCGUGUGGUAUAUAUUGCCAAAGGAGAAAGCGAUGGAAAAUUGGCUGCCAUUGUUGAUGUCGUUGAUGCUAAUAGAGCUUUAAUUGAUGGACCUUCAUCAGGAGUAAGGCGUUCUGUGCGUAACUUCAAAGAUUUACACCUAACUAAAUUUCGAAUACCACUUAGAAGCGGUAUGCGCUCUAAAAAUGUCAAGAAAGCAUAUGAUGAAGCAAAAGUUAAUGAAAAGUGGGCAGAAACUCUAUGGGCACAAAAGAUUGCUAAAAAAAAACUUAAAGCGCAAAUGACUGAUUUCGAUCGUUUCAAGCUUAUGCGCGCGAAGCAACUGCGAAAUAGGUUAGCGCGUGUGCAGAUGGCAAAGCUACGCAAAUCUAAAAAAUAUGGAAAUAAAACAGAAGACAAAAAGUGA